AAUGCUAAUUACGAGUUUUAGUUGCAAACGGUUUCGAGCAAAGCCAAACAUUUUUGUCUUAUCACGCUGGAAACAGCUUAGAGGUAAUUCUACAAGGUAGAAACGUAUUCAAAGAAAGUAGAAAAGAGUGAUUUGCACUGGGGACUUGAGAUCGGGAUGUACCAGAGUUUUAAAAAGCGUCUUUGCCCCAACCAUCAUCAUUGAAAGCUUACAUUCCGCAAGAAACCGAGAUGCGAAAUAACUAUUCCUUCUUCUUGCUUCUGAUAGUUUUCUGCAAGGAAGCUGAUGUCUGUGCUGCAUUAAACCACCGCAAAGGUGAUGUCCGUCUUGUUGGAGGGCUCAACCAGUACGAAGGGCGUGUCGAGAUCUACUAUAACAAUGAGUGGGGUACUAUCUGUGACCACGACUGGAAUAUUGCAGAAGCAAUGGUUGUUUGUCGCCAGUUGGGGUUCGUGACAGCACUAUAUAACCCACAUAACGCGGCAUUCGGGCAAGGCAUCGGUACCAUAUGGCUAGACUCAGUGACAUGUAACGGAUCCGAAGACUCUUUGUUAUCCUGUAGCGGUAUUGGGACGUUUGGUAGAACCUCCUGUACUCAUGCAAGGGACGCAAGUGUCGUCUGCCAACAGCCAACGGUCCCGGCCAAAAUCACUCACCUGGGAUGUUACGCUGAUACAGCCCAGCGAGCGCUGCGGUACAUGCUCGCUACGUUUGAAAUCCCGUCAGAUUCCAUGGUAGAGGACUGUGCUCAAAAGGUCGCAGCUGCUGGCUAUAGAUACUUUGGUUUUCAGUACAACUCCCAGUGCUUCAGUGAUGAAGAAGGCGGGAGCAGAUACUUUAAAUACGGCAAAGCCUAUGGAUGCUCGCAGAAUGGAACCGGUGGAAAAUGGGCGCAGAACAUAUACAAGCUUAACACCAUGUAUGUAAAUCUGACGGUGGAUAUAACGGCCAAGAGGUACGACAUCAGUAUGCUCUCACACGUGUCUGACAACUACAGAGAGCUUCGAGCAAAAAUGAGGGAAACGCUCGAUCCCGUAUUAACGUUGCUUGAUGGGACGUGGAUUGUCAGACACAUGAGAUUGUGGCCAGGCACAGGGGUUCUCAUGGAAAUCUCCAUUCUGAACAUCGCCGGAAAUGAUACUUUGAAAUUAUUCAAAGAGCGUAUGUUGCUAGCCCUAGCUGAGAAGGAGUUAAACCAUAAUGCAACGCAUAUCGGCGCUUAUGGUGCAAGCUGCAUGCCUCCAUACAUUAGGGUCCACAUCAGCAAAAACUCAUCCGCUCCAACCCUUUUUAUGUGCAGCGAGCAUCGUUACCUGUUAUCCACGACUCUUUUUUCCUGUGGAGAUGUAAAAUACGACUGGUCCUUUUGGACACUUAACAAAACUGAAGUAACGGGACCUCGUAAUACAAUUACAACAACCAAACAUGCCUUAAUCAAAGCUGCAUCUUUAAAGGCAGGCGAUUAUUUCGUUAGACUUAGCGCAAGUGUGGACUACGUUCAAGGCAUGGUCAGCUACAGCUAUGGUUUUGUUAGGGUUACCGCAGCAAAACCACGUGUAAAGUUUCUCAGGAAUGAGUCAUCUUUCUUUCUAUGGGCUGAUGAUCCAUGGAUAAGAAUAAACGUGUCUCUUGUCACGCCCAACACGUGUCCGCCAGACCAAGCAUACGUAAACAUCACAUCACAGUAUACAGUGUAUUGGUUUUGCUGGAGAUAUCCUGAGUCUAUGCGUUUCUAUAAGGAGGGAGAUCUUGAUACCAUCCCUGUAGUGGAUCAAAUACCAAGACCAGAAAAGGACAAUGGGGGCUGUUUUGGUAGAGGUCCUGGCAGAAUGAAUGUCACCAAGGAUUGGUAUCUGUUGGACCCCUCAAGGAUAGUGCCCAGAGGGGAGUCUAUAUAUAUAGGCGCUCGAGUGGUCAUGGGGAAUGUCAUAGUUGAUUACUCAUACGACACCUAUCAAAUUGAUGAACCGCUAGGGAAGAGCAAUAUAAGCAUAUCAACACCAGAAGCAAAGCUGUCAGCAACGUCAACAAUGACACUCCCAUUAUCAUCAACAACACUCUUAUCUUCACCCUUAUCAUCAUCUUCUUUAUUAAUCACAUCACUUUUAUCGUCGUUAUCAUCAUUAUCACAGUCUCCAUCUUUGUUGGCACCACUAUUAUCAUCAGCUUCAACCUCUACGUUGCCAUCGUUACCCAUCAAAACAAUCACAACUUUUACACGGUCUGCUGACACAUCUCUUAAUGUCACCCUCCUGACGCCUACGAGUGCUUUUGCAAUUUCCACCACAGUAACUAGAAAUGCAAACAGCCGUUGUUCUGUACCCACGGCGCGAAUCUCGUCCCUGGGCAGGUCCCUCUUGAACCCACUCACUGUUCCACGUUCCAAAUCCCAUACCAUUAAGGGAGAAGUCGAUCUAAACUGUGACUCUAUCAAUGGAACACGAUUCCUAUGGACAGUGCGCGCAGUCAAUAUAUCCGGUGACAUCACAAGUGAUGAGCAGAUAGUGGGUGUCAACAGCGCACAGUGGACCAUCAGCAAGCAUUCACUUGCGUACGGAAUGUACAUUGUGCAGUUCACGGUCCAUACAUCAGGAGAGCGUGACUACACCGCUAUAGACUAUGGGAUCCUUAACAUCGUACAGUCCCCUCUCGUAGCCGUUGUGCUCGGCGGAGAUUUCGUUGUUCGAGGUCGAGAUCAGAUGAUAAAUUUGGAUGCGUCAAAUUCUUAUGACCCGGAUGUUGGACGUGAGUUGUAUGAUGAGAUGUCUUUCACGUGGUUGUGUCGUGUUCAAGGCGAACUCUGGCCGCAGUCGGAUCUGACAUCUCUGCCUUAUGUGACCCAGGCUUCCGCAUCAGGGGCUGGAUGUUUUGGGACUGGUAUAGGGCGGCUGAGAGGGUUGCCGAAUAACCCAAGGCGGUUGGUUAUCGAAAAAGGUCUGUUGCAGGAGAAUCGAAACUACGAGUUCGUAAUUGUUGUGAGAAAAGGAAAUCGUGAGAGUCUUGGCCAGCAAGUUGUCUCCAUCAUACUUGGAGAUCCAUUGGUGACAUAUUUGAGAUGCAAGUUUAACUGCGGUGGCAAAGUGAAUCCUUCCUCUAAAUUAAGCCUGGACGUUUUGUGUGAUGGCGGAAUUUGCACAGCCGAUACUUCCUAUUCUUGGUCGCUAUCUGUCCAGUCUGGCACCGACUCUACCGGACAGCUGACAUUUCAACCAAUCACUGAUUCGCUAGAGCAGCUGACGUCAACUGCACUGACUGCCCCUAGCAUCGUUAUCAACCCAUUUUCUUUGACUGGUGGAGUAACGUAUCGUUCUGAAGUAAUAGUCACGUCACCAGGUCGAGCAGCGAGCUCUAAUCAAUAUUUGUUCACGACAAAUCAGCCUCCUUCCGGAGGGUCGUGCCACAUCAGUCCGACUAUAGGAUUGGCUAUGAUUACGUCGUUUAACAUGAGUUGUACGGGAUGGCAAGACAAUGAAACCCCCCUUGAAUACCAAUUCAGAUACCGGAAGUCGGAUGGUACAUACGCAUUGAUUUAUUACGGAGACAAAAUGGAGACAUCCGCUGUACUUCCGGCCGGCCGCGAAGAGAAUGACUUUAAUUUUGAUAUCGAGGCUACCGUGUCUGAUUCUAUGGGAGCUGCAAAUCAAACCACCCUUCGCGUUCAGGUAACCCCACAACAGCUAUCACCCAAUAACAAUAUCUUAACUACCACGCUCGAGAGGCUGACGGUGGGCCGCCACAGCAGCUUGGGAACCCUGUUGCAGUCCGGUGAGAUUGGUGGCGCCACACAGCUUGCUAAUGCUGUGUUGAGUACACUAGAUGAUCUGGAUAACUCUACACAAAACCACACCGUCAGCAAGGAAAGUAAAAUAACAAUAAAAGAGGAAAUUUUUUUGGGUCUUGCCAACGUCAAAGUUGAUAGCAUAAAGAUAAUCACACAGACGUCUGCAGUCUUUGCCACUGGAACGAACAACAAAGAUGAUUUGUCACACACCUCACAGGAAAUAACACUUAAGACGUUUGACUCCUACGCCGAGGUCCUGGAAAAAAAAUCCAAAGAUGAUGACCAGGAUCCGCACGAGAUGGAAAAAGCGGCGAAAAACCUUCUACACGGGACGGGAAACAUACUAGCGGCGGCUUCAGACGAAGCGAAGGUGUACGGCACAGAGGCGAGCAAAACAACCGACAAAACGAAACAAGAGAGUAAGGAAAGAGCUCUCCAAGCUGACAACCUCAUUGCUCGCCUCUCACGGUCGGUACUUGGUCGUAAAGAGGCCGGAGAGAGUCCGACAGUCUUUAAGUCCCUUAAGAUGACUGUGAUGCUGUCACGUGACCUGCCCGAUCGCAUUGGAGGACAAGUUUUUGACGAAGGAGGUUGCAUGAUAGCAUUACCUGCAAACCCUUUCAGUCAAAACUCGGCCAGACUGCAGACAGUUGAUACUCAGCUUCGUGUGAUACAAUUCAAUCCCUACACUUGGGGCGAAAUGGCGGCACUUAUCACGUCCAAGGUCACAAGUCUUUCAUUCCAGGAAUCCUCCGGCAAGGCAAUCAGUGUCGAAAACCUUAAAGAUCCAAUCAGAAUGAUCAUUCCACUUUCCCUUCCCUACACUAUGCCUCCCCCGAUCAGGUCCUUUGUGAAGCCUAGCUCGCCACAAAGGCGAAAAAUAUAUGUACAGGUCGCGGGGUCCUCCUAUAAAUUAACGGUACAGAUAACCUCUGGGCAUGUUUCUCUAUUUGUGGAUCGCAGCAGAGAUGUGUCUAAGUCUAAGAACUUACACAAAGCAGUUAUUCCUGACGAUAACCGCUGCAAGGGGAUGUCCGGGUGUGACCCUUACUCUGUGGUGAUCCCCGGUAGUGUACUCGCCCAGAAAGGGUACUAUUACUACAUACUGAUGCAUCACGCCGAGGAGGGGGAGCAGCCUGAGUCAUCCUGUGUGAGGAGAGACUGCGGAAGUCACGGUCGCCAGAAGAGAUCUUGCGUUGACAUUAAAGACCCCCCUACCACCCCUCCCCCUCAGAACAUCACCAUAGUACCUAAGUUUGACGCUAAGACUGAUGUAAAUGUAUCACUAAGUGGGAGCAUGGCGAGUUGCUUGUAUUGGUCCAUGGAAAAGCAGGAAUGGAGAAGUGAAGGCUGUCAGGCUGGGAAUGAGUCCACACCACAGGGGAUUGCGUGCGUCUGUAACCAUUUGACUUCAUUUGGUGGUGAUUUCCUGGUCCCGCCUAAUCCCAUUGAUUUCGACGUCGUGAUCUUGGCCUUCAGUGAUCUUGCCGAGUCAAGAAAUUACUCCGUGAUCGCGACAGUUGGUACAGUACUAAUGGUAUACCUGUUUGUGGUCGUGCUGGCUCGGCGUGCUGAUCGCAAAGACAGGAAAAAGACAGGACCAAAGAUUUCACUGAAUCAGCGAGGUAGUGACCAUGCCUCAUAUGAAGUCACCAUAGCAACCGACAUUUGGAUCAAUAGCGGCACUACGGCUGACGUAGCACUGAUCGUAUGCGGCGAAAACGCAACCAGUGACGUCAUAGUCAUACGUCAUGCUGAUUUUCCCAAUAGGAUACUAUUCGCAAGGGGAAACAACGACCAAUUCAUUAUACACGUUCCCACCCCACUCGGUAAACUUUUGCGCGUUAAAAUAUGGCAUGACAACGAGGGAAAUAGUCCGGCCUGGUUACUAAGGAGCGUCACUGUGCAUGCCACAAAUAGCGAAGACCGCUGGGUUUUUCCUUGUAACCGAUGGCUCGCCGUUGACAAGGAUGACGGAAUGCUUGACUGCACAUUGACUCCCCAUUAUGGUCUGUCAGCUUUAAAAACCUCCUUCGCGGAAAAAUCUGCUAACGAUUUCGCUGAUGACCAUUUGUGGGUGUCUGUUGUUGCGAGGAGUCCGUGUAAUUUCUUCAGUCGCGUGCAACGCGCAACAUGUUGCCUGUCCCUCUUUACGUCUGCCAUGAUAGCUAACGCCAUGUUUUAUAACAUCGGCGGGAAAUCUGAGAAAGUAUUCCGUCUUGGUCCAAUGGAAUUUGGUCUUAGGCAGAUAGUCAUUGGCGUCCAAAGUGGACUCAUUGUUGCUCCAAUUAACCUCUUAAUUGUCCAACUUUUCAAAAUUGGCAGUAAACUUCAAGAAAGCUACCAGGAAAAAUACCCAAUCCCUGGAAAUAGUAGCAAGGACUUUUCAUUUGAUUACAAGCCACUGAAAAAGAAAGCUGAACGGCCUACUGUGGCCUUGUAUGCAGUUGUUACAUUUAUUGGUUAUUUUCUAGCAUUUGCGGUAGUCAUAACAUCAGGAGCUUUCACAAUAUUCUACAGCAUGCAGUGGGGAACAGAAAUCAGUAACCAGUGGCUGUCAUCUAUGCUUGUCUCGUUUGUGCAAGACCUAUUCAUUCUACAACCGAUCAAGAUCGUGGUGAUCGCAGUCUUGGUCACUCUGAUAUUCCGUAAAGCAACACGUAACAAGGCAGGGCCUGUGAUAGAAACCGCUCGCGUGGAGAGAAACAGGAAUUACGAAAUCAAUGGUAACGACGUCAUGUGUGGGUCAUUGACAGAAACGGAGAAGGAGGAAGCACGCCAGAGACGAGUAACAGAAAAAUCCGCUACGAAAAAGAUAAAGCAGAUGAUCGUGUAUGUGGUAUUCAUGGUCCUUAUGUCUGUGGUGUGUUAUGGAAACAGAGCGGAUCAUGGCUUUUACAUGACGCAGGCGCUUCAACAGUCAUUCCUUAAUUUUGACAAGAUUUCUAAGAAAACUGAUUUGAUCACGUGGCUAAAUGGUUCUCUAUUGGCUGGGCUCUACCCUGCUCCUUGGUAUAACGGUCUCUCCGAGUCCAACACGGCAUAUAUUGGUGACAAGUGCUCAAUAUUACUAGGGCUGUCCAGAUUGAAACAAUCACGUGUACAGACAGGCUACUGUACAAUACCAAAAGAAGUACGCCUCCGAUUCUCCACAUGCUAUGCAUCAUACUCACACAGUCGCGAGGACACUACUCUUGCCAACUUCCCAGGCUGGAAACCCUUCACGCCAUCACCACUGACGUCACUAAACACAACGUCAGAUAACAUAACCACGGCACUAACACCAGAUAAUUGCCCCAAACCUUGGAAAUACCAUGAGGCAAGCAGUUUAGCCACCCUCCCCUACUGGGGACAGAAAGCAGUGUACGGAGGGGGAGGAUUUGUGGCGAAUUUGGGAUACUCCGAAAGUGUAGCGCGUCGAGUGAUUAAUGACCUUGCUAGGGAUGGCUGGUUUGACAGGCGGACCAGAGCUGUGCUUGCAAUAUUCUCCGUGUUCAACGCCAACACAGAUUACGUCAGCUUUGUUAACUUUCUAGCGGAGGCUCUAACCACAGGAACAAUUCGACCGUCGCACAGGAUAACCACGAUACCUUUAUACCCAACAAGCCUUUUGUACUUGGUAUUCCAGCUUCUGUUCCUUCUAUAUGUCAUGGGAUAUUUGGUCCUUAUUUGCGUAGAAGUUUACAGAAAGAAGUUGUCCUAUUUCAAGGACAUAUGGAACUGGUUGGAGAUGCUGAUAAUCUUAUUCAGCGUCGCCACAACAGCUGUGCAGUUCGUGAAAGGGAUAUACCUUACCGAUAUUGUCACCAAAAUUAGAAGCAAUCCUUAUGGAGACUUCAGCUUUGAUUAUAUUGUGAUGGGAACAGAGUUAGAAGAGUCAUUGAUGGCCUGUCUUGUUUUUUUCUCGAGCUUAAAGCUGAUGAAGUUAGUCCUGUUGCACGUUCGCGUGGUCGUCAUCUCGUCAACAAUGCGUGUGUCAUUCAUACGCUUGUUGCCUUUCUCUUUCAUCUUCAUCGUGAUCCUACUCGCUUAUGCUCAACUGGGAAUCCUAGUAUUCGGUACAAUGGAAACGUCCUACGCAACGGUCUACAACGCCUUAGUAACCGAACUGAUGCUGUUUAUUGGAGGAGAUACAAGGAUAAAUGAGCUAAGAGAAGUGAAUAGAGUCAUGGCUCCGUUUUACGUCAUCUCCUUCAUGGUUUUCAUGGGGUUCAUCUUAAUGAACGUGUUUGUUGCGAUUCUUAAUGAAGCUCAGUUUCAGCAGAAGACGUCGCUUGAUGAGCUCUCGAAUGACGUGAAGGUGAUUGAUUUAAUUAAUGACAAGAUUCGCACUGUACUGCGGCUGCCGCCCAAACAAACUAGAAAGGCUGAAACCUUUGUAACAAAAAUGCAAGCAAACAGAAGCAAUCGACAGAUUAGAGACAAUAGAGACGAUAAUGUGGCCAAAGUUGAUAUGGGCUUAGGAGCCACUGUCCAAUACAAGUCAUUACCUUGUAAGGACUCUGAUAAUAGCCGCCAAGGACAAGAAGAGGAUAGUCCCCUCGGAAAGCAAUUAGAGGAUGCAGAUACUAGCUUAAGAGUUAGAGUGCAGAGUGAUUCAAGAGAAGGUUUAAAUGAUGAUAGUACUAUGCGUCGUAAGCUCGCCCGCGCAACGGCGCGGAUGAUUAAGAGGCAGGAACUUUAUAAACACAUGAACAUCAUUCACGACAAGCUUCGACGAGCCCAAGUUCUGCUAGAUCUUGUAUCGCUUGACGAGACGAGCGUAUAUAUGAAGUUUACAGAGAUGUUGCUUAAGGUAGAGAGUGUUCGUGGGUUGUCCGAGAGUUCGCCCACCGUGGAAUUCCCCGAUUUGGUAGAAAGGCGCACGAGCACGUUGACCCUCUCGGAUAUGUGGCUUGGCGCGAGUUUGCAUAACGAAAACGAGAUCAAAUCUGUGUUUCCGCGCCCAAAGCCGGUCAUCGGUAAUGCUAACAAGCAGUUUAGGCCGGUUGUCAUAGGAACGCAAUCAGCUGUCCAGUUAUCGCACUUGGCUAAGGGGUCGGACCGUUUCACCCAACAAAUCACAACGUCAAGCUCGAAAGUUGGGACCCCUGUGCCUAGAGGAAUUAAUUUCUCAUUGCCGAAGAAAACGUACUCAUGGUCACCGAAGAAGAAGUGAUGGUAAAUAAGAACAUUAAGCCCCGUGGAAACACA